ACUCGUUAAACCCUGUAAGCGCAAAAUCACGGACAUUGGAUCAUUUGGCUUCGAUUGUAGGGGUGGGAGGGGGAGAAAAAGUUGAUUUAUCAAACCCAUCCUUUAACACCGAGCCAGUGUCCUUCCAGAGCUGCGCUGACGCUUCCGGAGUGAGGAGCUUCUGAGCCGUUUCCGCCGCCAUUGCGGAUUUUGGACAGAAGAUCAGCCGUAGCCACUGCCAUCCAUCGAUGCAGUGCGGAAAGCGCACACACAGACGGGGGGGAUAUCGUUUACAUUUUUACUGAUAACACAUUUCGGAAACACGACCAACAACAAUCACACAUUAGCCCCUUUUUUUCGCGUUUAUUUGGGGGGUUUUCGCCGACUGGCUCCGACCUACACGUACAGUGAGGAGGUCGUAGCUAGCGCGGUGCUACCGCCUAGCAAGCUAGCUGUUAGCCGUACGGCUAGGAUUUCAGCACUCUGGAGAAUCUCAAGGAAACCACCAUGGCCCAGAUCCUACCCAUCCGCUUCCAGGAGCACCUGCAGCUCCAGAACCUGGGAAUCAACCCGGCCAACAUUGGAUUCAGCACUCUAACCAUGGAGUCCGACAAGUUCAUCUGUAUCAGAGAGAAAGUGGGUGAGCAGGCCCAGGUUGUCAUCAUCGACAUGGCCGACCCCAACAAUCCCAUCCGCAGGCCUAUCUCUGCAGACAGCGCCAUCAUGAACCCUGCCAGCAAAGUCAUUGCCCUUAAAGCGGCAAAGACCCUGCAGAUCUUCAACAUCGAGAUGAAGAGCAAGAUGAAGGCUCACACCAUGACGGACGACGUGACCUUUUGGAAGUGGAUAUCCCUCAACACCGUCGCCCUGGUGACGGACAACGCCGUGUACCACUGGAGCAUGGAGGGCGACUCCCAGCCGAUUAAAGUCUUCGACCGUCACUCCAGCCUGGCAGGCUGCCAGAUCAUCAACUACCGCACCGACGCCAAGCAGAAGUGGUUGCUGCUCAUUGGCAUCUCAGCGCAGCAAAACCGUGUUGUGGGGGCCAUGCAGCUGUACUCUGUGGACAGGAAGGUGUCUCAGCCCAUCGAGGGUCACGCCGCUGGCUUUGCACAGUUCAAGAUGGAGGGCAACACCGAAGAGUCCACCCUGUUCUGCUUUGCCGUGCGAGGGCAAGCAGGAGGAAAGCUGCAUAUCAUUGAGGUGGGGACUCCACCCACUGGGAACCAGCCAUUUCCAAAGAAAGCUGUGGACGUUUUCUUUCCCCCAGAAGCUCAAAACGACUUCCCCGUUGCAAUGCAGAUCAGUUCCAAGCAGGACGUGGUCUUCCUCAUUACCAAAUAUGGCUACAUCCACCUGUAUGACCUGGAGACCGGAACCUGCAUCUACAUGAACAGGAUCAGCGGGGAGACCAUUUUUGUCACUGCCCCCCAUGAGCCCACCGCGGGUAUCAUCGGAGUCAACAGGAAGGGACAGGUGUUGUCGGUGUGCGUGGAAGAGGAAAACAUCAUUCCCUACAUCACCAAUGUGCUCCAGAACCCGGACCUGGCCCUCCGCAUGGCGGUCCGCAACAACCUCGCCGGGGCCGAGGAGCUGUUUGCCCGCAAGUUCAACACCCUCUUCGCAGCGGGGAAUUAUUCCGAGGCCGCCAAGGUGGCGGCCAAUGCACCCAAGGGUAUCCUGCGGACCCCAGACACCAUCCGUCGGUUCCAGAGCGUUCCGGCCCAACCGGGCCAGACGUCUCCCUUGCUCCAAUACUUUGGCAUCUUGCUGGACCAAGGUCAACUGAAUAAGUUUGAGUCUCUGGAGCUGUGCAGGCCCGUCCUCCAACAGGGCCGCAAGCAGCUCCUGGAGAAAUGGUUGAAGGAGGACAAGCUGGAGUGCUCUGAGGAGCUCGGAGACUUGGUGAAGUCUGUGGACCCCACUCUUGCCCUCAGCGUCUACCUCAGAGCCAACGUCCCCAACAAGGUCAUUCAGUGCUUUGCAGAGACUGGACAGUUCCAAAAGAUUGUCCUCUAUGCCAAGAAGGUGGGCUACACUCCAGACUGGAUCUUUCUGCUUAGGAACGUGAUGCGGAUCAGUCCAGAACAGGGCCUUCAGUUUUCCCAGAUGCUGGUUCAGGAUGAAGAACCCCUUUCGGACAUUACACAGAUUGUUGAUGUGUUCAUGGAGUACAACCUGAUCCAGCAGUGCACAUCCUUCCUCUUAGAUGCCCUGAAGAAUAACAGACCCAUGGAGGGACCACUGCAGACACGCCUGCUGGAAAUGAAUCUGGUGCACGCACCACAGGUUGCAGACGCCAUCCUGGGCAAUCAGAUGUUCACCCACUACGACCGUGCUCAUGUGGCUCAGCUGUGUGAGAAGGCCGGGCUCCUGCAGAGGGCGCUGGAGCAUUACACCGACCUGUAUGAUAUUAAGCGUGCAGUGGUGCACACACACCUUCUCAACCCAGAGUGGUUGGUGAAUUUCUUCGGCUCCUUGUCGGUGGAGGACUCCCUGGAGUGUCUGAGGGCCAUGCUGUCUGCAAAUAUCCGCCAGAACCUGCAGAUUUGUGUGCAGGUGGCCUCCAAGUACCAUGAACAGCUCUCGACUCAGUCCCUCACUGAACUUUUUGAGUCAUUCAAGAGCUUUGAGGGUUUGUUCUAUUUCUUGGGUUCUAUUGUGAACUUCAGUCAGGAUCCAGAGGUCCACUUCAAAUAUAUCCAAGCCGCCUGCAAGACAGGCCAGAUCAAGGAGGUGGAGAGAAUCUGUCGAGAAAGUAACUGCUACGACCCUGAGCGUGUGAAGAACUUCCUCAAGGAGGCCAAGCUGACUGACCAGCUGCCUUUGAUCAUCGUGUGUGACCGCUUUGACUUUGUCCACGAUCUGGUGCUGUACCUGUACCGCAACAGCCUGCAGAAAUACAUUGAGAUCUACGUGCAGAAGGUGAACCCAAGCCGUCUGCCGGUAGUCAUUGGAGGCUUACUGGAUGUAGAUUGUGCUGAGGACGUGAUUAAGAACCUGAUUCUGGUGGUUAGAGGGCAGUUCUCCACAGAUGAACUGGUGGCUGAAGUGGAGAAAAGAAAUCGUCUAAAGCUGCUGCUGCCUUGGUUGGAGGCUCGUAUUCAUGAAGGCUGUGAGGAGCCUGCUACCCACAAUGCCCUGGCCAAGAUCUACAUCGACAGCAACAACAACCCAGAGCGAUUCCUGAGGGAGAACCCCUUCUAUGACAGCCGUGUGGUGGGAAAGUACUGUGAGAAAAGAGACCCCCACCUGGCCUGUGUGGCCUAUGAAAGAGGACAGUGUGACCAGGAACUGAUUCAUGUGUGCAAUGAGAACUCUCUGUUCAAGAGCCUCUCCCGCUACCUUGUACGCCGCAAGAACCCUGAGCUGUGGGCCAGUGUGCUGCUGGAGACCAACAACUACAGAAGACCCCUCAUCGACCAGGUUGUCCAGACGGCCUUGUCUGAGACUCAGGAUCCCGAGGAGGUGUCCGUCACAGUCAAGGCCUUCAUGACUGCUGACCUUCCCAAUGAGCUCAUCGAGCUCCUGGAGAAGAUUGUGCUGGAUAACUCUGUCUUCAGCGAGCACAGAAACCUCCAGAAUCUGCUCAUCCUGACAGCCAUCAAAGCUGAUCGGACACGCGUUAUGGAGUACAUCAACCGCCUGGACAACUACGACGCCCCGGACAUCGCAAACAUCGCCAUCAGCAAUGAGCUCUUCGAGGAGGCUUUUGCUAUUUUUAGAAAAUUUGAUGUCAACACCUCUGCUGUGCAGGUUCUGAUCGAGCACAUCGGCAACCUGGACCGAGCUUACGAGUUUGCCGAGCGCUGCAAUGAGCCACCGGUGUGGAGUCAGCUGGCCAAGGCCCAGCUCCAGAAGGGCCUGGUCAAAGAAGCCAUUGACUCUUACAUCAAGGCCGAUGACCCCUCUGCUUACAUGGAGGUGGGACAAGCCGCGGCCCAGAGUGGAAAUUGGGAGGACCUGGUGAAGUUCCUGCAGAUGGCCCGUAAGAAGGCCCGCGAGUCGUACGUUGAAACCGAGCUGAUUUUUGCCCUGGCCAAGACCAACCGCCUGGCUGAGCUGGAAGAGUUUAUCAAUGGACCCAACAAUGCUCACAUUCAGCAGGUGGGUGACCGUUGCUAUGACGACAAGAUGUACGACGCAGCCAAGCUGCUUUACAACAACGUGUCCAACUUUGGCCGCCUGGCCUCCACUCUGGUGCACCUGGGAGAGUACCAAGCAGCUGUGGACGGAGCCCGCAAGGCCAACAGCACUCGUACCUGGAAAGAGGUGUGCUUUGCGUGUGUCGAUGGGAAAGAGUUCCGCCUCGCCCAGAUGUGUGGGCUGCAUAUUGUCGUCCACGCUGAUGAGCUGGAGGAACUUAUCAACUACUACCAGGACCGUGGUUACUUUGAGGAGCUGAUCACCAUGCUGGAAGCCGCCCUGGGGCUGGAGCGGGCUCACAUGGGGAUGUUCACUGAGCUGGCCAUCCUCUACUCCAAAUUCAAACCCCAGAAGAUGAGGGAGCACCUGGAGCUCUUCUGGUCCCGUGUCAACAUUCCCAAGGUUCUCAGGGCAGCGGAGCAGGCCCACCUCUGGGGGGAGCUGGUGUUCCUCUAUGACAAGUACGAAGAGUACGACAACGCCAUCAUCACCAUGAUGAACCACCCAUCUGAUGCUUGGAAGGAAGGCCAGUUCAAAGACAUUGUUACCAAGGUGGCCAAUGUGGAGCUGUACUACAAGGCCAUCCAGUUUUAUCUGGAGUUCAAACCGCUGUUACUGAACGACCUGCUCAUCGUGCUUUCUCCAAGACUUGACCACUCACGCGCCGUCAACUUCUUCAGCAAGGUGAAACAGCUGCCUCUGGUUAAACCUUACCUACGGUCCGUCCAGAAUCACAACAACAAGUCAGUGAACGAGGCCCUGAACAACCUCUUCAUCGUCGAGGAAGACUACGCGGCUGUGCGUGCUUCCAUUGACGCCUAUGACAACUUCGACAACAUCACUCUGGCCCAGGGCCUCGAGAAGCACGAGUUGAUUGAGUUCAGGAGGAUUGCGGCCUACCUUUUCAAGGGCAACAACCGCUGGAAACAGAGUGUCGAGCUCUGCAAGAAGGACAAGCUCUACAAGGACGCCAUGCAGUACGCCUCCGAGUCCAAAGACAUCGAGCUGGCGGAGGAGCUCCUGGCCUGGUUCCUGACCGAGGACAAGAAGGAGUGUUUCGCCGCCUGCCUCUUCACCUGCUACGACCUGCUGCGGCCCGACGUGGUGCUGGAGACCGCCUGGCGACACAACCUCAUGGACUUCUCCAUGCCAUACUUCAUCCAGGUCAUGAGGGAGUAUCUCUCUAAGGUCGACAAACUCGAGGCCUCCGAGUCCCUGAGGAAACAGGAGGAGCAGGCCACCGAGUCCCAACCGAUUGUUUACGGCACCCCCCAGCUGAUGCUCACGGCGGGGCCCAACGGGGCCGUGCCUCCCCAGCAGCAGCCCUACGGCUACGGCUACCCAGCAGCCCCGGGCUACGGCCAGCCCCCGCAGCCCGGCUUCGGUUACGGCAUGUGAACACACCCCCCCCCCCCCCCCAACAACAACGACCCUCCCUCCCUCUCUCCGUCGUUCCUUCUCUCUCCGCGUUCCUCACCAGCUUCCGAUGGUCUUCUUCACACAACGGGGGCCACAAGCAAGCAACAGCCCACUCUCGUUUUGAGUACUAUUUUUUUUAUUCUGUCGUCCUGUUACCAGAGAAAACAUUUAACUGCAUCGAAGGACUUUUGUUUGUAAUCGUUUGAAAAGAAAUUGGACCACGUGUUUGUUUUUUGUUUUUUCACAUUCCAUAUUUAUGACUACUUAUUUAGAAGUGUUUGUGUUUGUCGUUUUUUUUUUUUUUACUGGUUUGUGCGGAAGUGGACUUGCUAAAGCUCAGCAACGGACCUUUGAAGUAGGUGGAGGAGCAUUGGAUUUUGCACUCGUGAAGAAAUUAAUGUAGAGAAGCUCUUACUUUUUGAUGUACUGAACAUGUGAACUGCUUACAUUUGUCUCGUUUGUCUGUGUGAUGCAUUUCAUCGUUGUAUAUUCUGAGGAGAAAAAAAAGGUUACAUAUAAUAUUUGAACAUAUAUUGCCGUCUCGAUGGCUAUAGCUAGCAACACUAAGUAAUGAUAGUAUAUCCUGCACAGGCGUGUAGCUUUAUGGAGUUUUAAAAGCAUACGGACGUAUGUCACUGUGUGGGUGAGGGUGUGUGUUUGUGUGUGUGAGUGUGUGCGCGAGUGUGACCUGACGGUCUUGUAUAAGAAUUUUAACCCCCCCCCCCACCCACUCCCCUAGAUGUUAGCUCUCCUUCAUUGGCUCCGUGUAUUUAGGUGACCUCUUGUGCCGUGUACAGUGCUUGUGUGAGACUGUAUCUGUGUAUGUGCAAGGAUGGGACCACGGCCCCCCCCCCUCCCCACGGGGGCCCUUACCCCUUAACCGUACUGUGUGCGUGUGUGUGCGCAUAUACUCGGAACCCUCCUCGUGCAGAGGGCCGCGUGUGCCAGGUGUUGUAGUGUUCCCCUCGGUCACCAUUACUUUUUUUCGCGUGUACAGAUGUGAACACUGAAUUGCAAUUGUUUAGACAGAUGCCCCGCCCGCCUGUCCUCCACCACCCCGUCCCCAUGUCCCCUGUCCUCCUCCGUCAAUGCGUAGCGUCGAGGACAAACGAGGAGGCGGAGGAAGCAAUGUCGGCGGAACCUCUUGGCAUCCCAAUGACAACUUGAUUAGAUCCAUAAACACUCCUGUAGGUUGUGUAUUUAGAUGGUUAUGAUGAAGAAAUAAGGCCUCAGCACAUCCAGUUCUGUCGAAUGGUCUGAAAAUAAGAGCCUGUAUUUACCUUGAUGUACUUAACUUCCUUACAUGCUUUAAGCUGUGUGCGUGCGUGUGUAAAGUGUCAUCACAACCCUAACAUAAGUUGAAUUCCUUUCUGUUGUCAUGCAUAUUAAUAAUUAAGGGGAUCUGUCAUUGAUAAGUGGAAGAAUAUGACUCAACUGAAAGGGAAAUACUAGCCGAAAUAAAAACUAAAAAUUCUA